UUUUUGUCUCGUCUGAUUAUUCGUGAUUCAGCAACAUUCAGCACGUUGAUUAUUUAAUUACCGUAUAAGCAUAAGCCAAGCCGCGACGUACCGCGCAGUUGGAACUAUCCAUUCGGGACACGCGGGACUUGGGCAGGCACGCGAAUAGACCGGAAUAGACGAAAAUACAUUCGCGAGAUGUCGACCAGCAAGGCGAUCAAGGCAAUCUGUGUCCUUCAGCCAGGCCAGCAGGGAGGGGCUGUCAGAGGAACCGUGCAUUUUGAACAAGCGGAAUGUCAAAGUGAGGUAAAGGUGACUGGACAGAUUUCCGGCUUAAAGAAAGGCCAGCACGGUUUUCAUAUUCAUGAAUUUGGCGACAAUACAAAUGGUUGCACGAGUGCGGGCCCUCAUUUCAAUCCACGUGAACAGGAUCAUGGUGGUCCGAAUGACCAAGUGCGCCAUGUUGGAGAUUUAGGAAACGUGACAACCGCGGAUGCUGAUAAAGACACGGAAGUUAACAUCACCGACAGUCAGAUUCAACUCCACGGAGCGCACAGUAUCAUCGGACGAACUCUCGUGGUCCACGCUGAUCCUGAUGAUUUGGGCAAGGGUGGCCACAACCUGUCAAAAACAACUGGCAACGCUGGCGAUCGUCUUGCCUGUGGGGUUAUUGGCAUCGCAAAAUAAAUGCGUAUAUACAUGAUCGGUGCGGGGAGUUAAUAUUAUAUGUAUAUUAGAGAUAUACUAUUUUCUUACCACUUGGUUUUCAGCAUGCAGUCAUAUCGUGCAAAUGAUUAUUUUUUUUUGUUCUCUGCAGUGUUACGUAAUGUGAUAAAAUUUAUCACUUCUUCCUAAAAAUAACGUUAAUAAAGUGUUAGAACUAGGA